GUUUAUUUCCCAAUUUUCGAUUCACAUUAAGCAAUUCUGAAUUGUCAAAUUCACCCUCUGUCUCCUCCCUUGUCCGAACUAGUCCAAUUCACCAAAUCGGCGACCUUGCCUUCCGUUGGUAUCUGCUCUCUCUUCCUUUCUCUCUCAGGAAACCACAGAUCCGUCUGCGUAAAACCACUGUAUUCGAUAGUCUCUAUCGAUCUUCAGAUAAAGUGGACCGGAGAUGCCGGUUGCCGCUUCCGCCAUAUACUUCCUCAACCUCCGCGGCGACGUUCUCAUCAACCGCCUCUAUCGCGACGAUGUCGGGGGAAAUAUGGUGGAUGCUUUUAGGACACAUAUUAUGCAAACGAAGGAGCUUGGUACUUGCCCUGUGAGGCAGAUUGGUGGAUGCUCUUUCUUUUACAUGAGGAUCAGCAAUGUCUACAUUGUCAUUGUUGUCAGCAACAAUGCCAAUGUGGCUUGCGCUUUCAAGUUUGUCGUUGAGGCUGUUGCAUUGUUCCGAUCUUAUUUUGGUGGAGCUUUUGACGAGGAUGCAAUUCGCAAUAAUUUUGUACUCAUUUAUGAGCUCCUAGAUGAAAUUAUGGACUUUGGUUACCCACAAAAUCUUUCACCAGAGAUCUUAAAGCUUUAUAUCACACAGGAAGGAGUGCGUUCCCCAUUUUCAUCCAAGCCCUCAGACAGGCCUGUUCCAAAUGCAACUUUACAAGUUACUGGUGCUGUUGGGUGGCGGAGAGAGGGCCUUGUAUACAAAAAGAACGAGGUCUUCCUGGAUAUUGUCGAAAGUGUAAAUCUUCUUAUGUCUUCAAAAGGUAGUGUUCUGCGAUGUGAUGUCACUGGGAAGAUUCUUAUGAAAUGCUUUCUUUCUGGAAUGCCUGAUUUAAAGUUGGGUUUGAAUGACAAGAUUGGUCUUGAGAAAGAAGCACAACUUAAAUCACGUCCUGCUAAAAGUGGUAAAAGUAUCGAGCUUGAUGAUGUAACUUUCCAUCAAUGUGUGAAUCUAACAAGGUUCAACUCAGAGAAGACCGUUAGUUUUGUACCACCGGAUGGUGAAUUUGAACUAAUGAAGUAUCGUAUAACUGAGGGAGUUAAUCUUCCUUUUAAAGUAUUGCCUACUAUCAAGGAACUUGGUCGAUCACGCAUAGAAGUGAACGUUAAGGUAAAGAGUGUGUUUGGUGCAAAAAUGUUUGCACUUGGGGUUGUGGUAAAGAUUCCUGUGCCAAAACAAACAGCAAAAACAAAUUUCACAGUUACAUCUGGCCGAGCAAAAUACAAUGCCUCUAUUGACUCUUUGGUCUGGAAGAUUAGAAAAUUCCCUGGGCAAACUGAGUCGACCUUAAGUGCAGAGGUUGAACUUAUUUCCACAACAACAGAAAAGAAAUCUUGGACCAGACCACCAAUUCAGAUGGAGUUUCAGGUUCCCAUGUUCACAGCAUCUGGUUUACGUGUCCGUUUCCUCAAGGUGUGGGAGAAGAGCGGGUACAAUACCGUUGAGUGGGUUCGUUAUAUUACAAAAGCGGGAUCCUACGAGAUUAGGUGCUAGACACAAUUGGCGUUGCUGGGUGGAGAUUAAAGCAAAAUCCGAAAUAAGGCGCAGUUUAGGCAAGUUUUCAAAGUUUCUUAUCAAGUAUUAUGAUGUAAUGAAAGUUUCAGGCCUUACUCAAGGUGUUAUCGGUAUGAUUCUUUGUGUGAAAAUCAGUUUUAAUAUGUUUGUUCCAAAAGGCCAGCUUAUUAUUGGAACCUAAAAUUGAUUGUGUUCUCUCGCACUCUUUGUAUUUUGUUAUAUUUUUAUAAUAUUGAUUUAUUGUAAUGAUAAUUUUAUUGAGUGAUGGUUAAUUACAUUAUUUCA